AUUGUUAUUUGUAAACAAUAUUCUGUUUUCGGUGUUUCAGGUUAAACGUGUGGGUGAAUUAACUAUUGAAAAUGAGCUCAUCUUUUGAUGUGAAGUUAUUUUGGAUGGGUACCUUAUGUGGCAUGUUCUCAUCUUUUAUACCAAUAGUUGUUAAAAUGAUCUUGCAAGUUAUUAACAGAGAAACUGAAAUGGAAGCUAAUCUAAGAAGACAAGUUUGUGAUUUGAAAGCAGAGUUGGGAAGCAUUAGUAUGGUUGAUGAAUUUGCAAAAUAUGCAAAAAUAAAAAGAAAAGUGAAUAAGGUGACAGAUGAGCUUUCGCAUCAAUCUGAUAUUAGGAGUUCAUAUACAUUGAAAGUUCGUUUUAUUGCAACUGCUGCAUUGUAUACCAUUAUGGGUUUUGCAAUAGUGUUCUUAUUAUGGAAUUACAGAAAAGUACCUGUAGCUGUUUUGCCUGAAAAAUGGUUGUAUCCAUUAGCUUCUGUAUUAUCUUAUCCUUCAGGUGUUCCUGGUGGUAUUAGUCUGACAGCUUGGUUAUUUAUAUCUGGUUCAUUUGGAAGAGUUAUGGCUACUUCAUUAACAUUGUAAAAUUUGUAAUUAAUUAAAAAAAAUUUUGCAAUAUCAUAGUCAUUUUAUACAAGUCGUUUUUUGUAAAUUUUCUUUUUGUAUUCUAUAACUAUUAAAUUAUGUUGAUAAAUCAUUAAAACAAA